AUGUCUGGCGAUCCAGGAAACCGGAGGCUUCUUCCUCAAAGUUCACAAAUGCAAAGCUUUUCAUUUGCGCCAAACAAUUACGGCCAGCGCGAAAACCAGAAGAAUUAUGUUUUUGUUGAUGAGCACAAUCGACAUAAGCGGCUUAAGGUGAUGCGAGCUUGUGAAGGGUGUAGAAGACGAAAAAUUAAAUGCGAUGCGGCAACAACUAACACUUGGCCGUGUUCCGCGUGUAUCCGUCUAAAGCUACAUUGCGUACCGCCAACAGUCAAUUAUGAUCGUGACUUUCCGUCAACGGGACAGUCAUUUGAGCCGGAGCGGGGUGUUGGGUACGAAAGCACAGGAAGCGGCGACGAGGAAUAUCACCAGCAGGUGUCGAUGCAGCAGCACUCGCAACUACAUGCUCCACACAAGAGUGUUCCCCCAAUCUAUACGCAACAAGUCCCGUAUCCUGAAGCCGUAGGAGUAUAUCCGUCGAUUCCUUACGGUGGCCCUUCUUCAGCGCAAAGCCAACCCAGCAUGCAUCCAUAUAGCAAUUUGCAAACGCCCGUCAGUGUUAUUGAACAGCAUCAGCAUUACUCUCAACAGAACGUCUUCCCUACUCCACCGAUGCAAGGCUCGCAUCCUCAAUCGCCGGAAAGCUACGAACAGGAUCAGUAUGGGCAACAGAACUUAGCCGACUUGCUGGGUGAGCUGCGCAUGGAUGAGGCAGGUACAGCGCCUUACUUGAACAAUAAAUCAAAAAACAAGACAUUAGUUGAAGAGCCGGCUCUGGAGGAUGUGGACGAAUUCAAAAGCGCACUUCCGCCUUCCAUGCCGAGCACUGAUUUGAAAGUGCGCAUUCCACCAGAGCUCAUGCCAGACGAAUCAACGAUUUUGCACUAUUUCGACAUGUACUUCGCCAAUGUCCACCCAGACGCCAUCUCCCCCCUUAUUCUUGAGGCUAUCUUUGCAAUUGCGGGGCGACUAGCGGACGAGCCAGCACAAGGCCACCAAUGGCUCGCGCUUGCUUCAAAACACGCUGAUUCAUUCAUGGAUGUCCCCCGAUUGAGCACUCUUCAAGCCACUCUGAUUGUACUAAAAGCUAGGGAAUCAUCACCUAAAAGAGGGUAUUAUUACAGGUCCUGGAUGACUGUCGUACAAUGCGUUCAGAUGGCGAAAGACCUAGGUUUAGAUGAGCACUAUGAAGAGCAUAAAGCUGGACGGCCCUGCGGAUCCGACCUCGCUGAUUGUAUAACUAAGACCCGGAUAUGGCAGACUAUUUUCGUCUGCGAAUUGAUGAUCGGGUCGCCUCAAGGGCGAACUGAUCUGGCUGUAAACAUGGAAACCUUGGAUUUCAGCUUGCUGAGACCUGUCCCGGGAUUUGACGAGUCGGAGUUCAACACCUCGAGGAAUUUCACGUAUUUUUCCAAAGUUGUGCGUAAUGUGAGAAGGAUGAAUAAUGUUUAUGCGAAGAUCAAGAAGAAGAAGGAAUGGGGAUUGGACCCGGACUUUGUACAACUGAAUCCGUCUUUCGAUGUUUGGAUGAAUGAUCUCCCUCCGGACCUCCAGGUUACUUUUCCACCGGACGGAUCACCCCCAUGGCUACCUUCUCACUUCAUAGGGAAUCUUCACUCAUACUAUUACCUGAGUAUCAUCAUGCUACACCGACCGCAGCUUACCUUCAUGGAACCAACAGGAAUGGAUGGUGGGUGGAAGCAUCAUAUGAUGAUCUGUUAUUCGUCCGCGAAGCUGCUUUGCAGGCUUCAAGAAGCCGUGGUCAAUACUUUCGGGAUGACUGGCCUGAUUUGCAUGCAGAGAGGCAUAAACUUCACUAUCUAUUGCGUUCUUACCUGCACGGUUCUUCAUUUGGUCGCACUUACCUCACCAGAUCCAGACCUAAACGCAGAUGCGCGGGAAUACUUCACGAGACAUAUGAGAAUACUUGAAAAAUGCACAGCCUCAUGGCCCAUGCCAGAAAUGCAAGCUCAAAUCGACGCUCUUCGAGAAGCAUUCUCUGCAGAUACGAGGAAGCCAUUUGUGCUGAAGCCAAGCUUUCCGUACGGAAGUCCAGGAGCACCUGUACACUCGAGCCCUCCGAGAUCAAAUACUCAGUAUCGUUCAAUUGGGCCACAUGGGGCUCCAGUAGAGCACCAACAUACCCAGCCUCAUCAACAAGGAUUGGUCAUGAUGGCCGCACAACGAGCUCCUCCACAGUCGAUGCCAAGUGGUGUUCCAAUGGCGGAUAGCAAUGGCUGGAAUCCAACUAGAAUUUUUGACCAAUGGAAUACGACCUUUGGUACGCCUCCUGCUGCAAACGCUUCCACUUCCCAACAACCCCCUCUAAAACUUCCUGCUUCAGGUGCUCAUGAAAUACCGACACUACCAGAGAUGCAUACGCUUCCAAAUGUUAGCUUACCUCCAGGUUCUUCUCAACCGCUUCCGCCGCAACAGUAUUCCGGCGCCCCUGUUCCAUCAUUCGUUAGCCCCAGUAUGUGGCAAGAGAGCGUGGCUUCCGUGUAUGAAGGUGGACUGAAAAGGCAAUGGGAUUAUGAUGAAAGUAACAUGAGUAACUCGAAACGACCUCGAUGA